CACGCGUGAAACCCUAACCUCACAUGCUCACACAAACCCCAACCCUCAUCGGCCGGAACCCAACUCCCGCCGGAGCUCCGGCACGCUGCUCGCCCGUCAAUUCUCCUGAACCUUCUUCAUCUUCUCGAAUCUAUGCAGGGCCUCCUCUCCGGUCACCGGAAAAUAUCCUUUUCCGGCCAGUUUCGGUGUUACCGUUAGACGUUUUAGGAGAAAACAUAGAUCCGUUCUCCGAAGCUUCCAUGAAGAUUUGAUGUUAGAGAUGUCUCCUUUUGAGCUUUGACUGAAGAAGAGAGUUGAAAUUUGUAGAGAAAAUGGCGAAUCAUUGGUUUUUUCAGGCUCAUAAUUGAAAAAGCCAAGGUUUCUUGUAAGAAUUACGCGGCAAAUUGACGUUGGGAGUGCAAGCUGACACAACAAGGGAACGACUUUCCAUCCUUGCAAACAGAGCCACCUUUACCUAUUUUUUAGAGAGUGUGGUUAAGGAGAAGUGUGGUUCAUUUGAAGUUCAAAUUGCUGACAGAUAACCCAAGUGCCGAGUUGGUGUAGAGAAGUCUCAAGUAUGUUGUCAUUUUCAUCCAUUAUGUGCAUAAUUGUGCUUUAAUGAUGAUAUUUGCACUAGAAGAAAGAUUGUAUAGGUCAUACAUCUAGAGUAGGAGAUUAGGAUAGAGGAGGAAACAGAGAACAGGCCUUAUGGCGACAGAUAUGCAGAAAUUGAUUGGGACAAGUGAAGAUGAAGAAGAAGAAAUGGAGAUGGAUGUGAAAGAAGAGGAUGAUGAUGAUGACGAAGAUGAAGAGAAGCACAUACCUGUGACAGGGAUGGUAUCUGUUGAUGGAGCAUUUGUAUCAAGCAGUGGCAAUAACCGUUUUCAACAUCACCAGCAAAUUCAAGAACAAGGAGGCAACCAAAGUGGAGGGCGAAGGUGUAGACCAGUAGAAGAAAAGGAGAGAACAAAGUUGAGAGAGCGGCACCGGAGAGCUAUCACUGCAAGGAUCUUGGCAGGCCUUCGAAGGCAUGGAAACUAUAACCUAAGGGUUAGAGCUGAUAUUAAUGAUGUGAUUUCAGCUUUGGCAAGGGAAGCUGGCUGGGUUGUUCUUCCUGAUGGAACCACCUUUCCUUCAAGAACUCAGGUCCCUAGGCCUGCUGGUGGCACCUCUACUGCAGUGGUGACUUCAUCAUCUUCACACUUGGUGCAGCAACAGACUCCACCUACUUCCCUUAGAGGAGUCUCUUCUGGUUAUCGGAGCUCAGUGGAAUACAAUGCAUCUCGCAUGAAAGGUGUUUUUGUGCCUGCUUCAUCUCCUUAUGAUGUAUCAAGCUCUAGGUCUCACUCUGCAGUUGUGAUGGGAGAUAGAGGAGGGCAAGCAGAGAAUCAUCCUCUUAUUGGUGGCUCCAUGGACGCUGUUGAUGAUAAGCAGGUGGUUGACAUGCCGCCGAAGUUACAAGAGCGUGAUUUUGCGGGCACCCCUUACAUUCCUGUUUAUGUGAUGCUACCUCUGGGUGUCAUCAAUAUGAAGUGUGAGCUGGUUGAUCCAGACGGUUUAUUGAAGCAGCUAAGGAUAUUGAAAUCAGUCAAUGUUGAUGGUGUUAUGGUUGAUUGCUGGUGGGGAAUAGUAGAGGCACAUGCUCCACAAGAGUAUAACUGGAAUGGUUACAAGAGGCUGUUUCAGAUUGUGCGUGAGCUUAAACUUAAGCUACAAGUUGUAUUGUCAUUUCAUGAAUGUGGUGGCAAUGUUGGUGAUGAUGUUUGCAUUCCACUGCCCCCUUGGGUGGCAGAAAUCGGUCGAAGCAAUCCUGACAUCUUUUUCACCGAUAGAGAGGGAAGACGCAACCCUGAAUGUCUCUCUUGGGGAAUUGAUAAAGAACGGAACUUAAGGGGCCGGACUGCCGUUGAGGUUUACUUUGACUUCAUGAGAAGCUUCCGUGUCGAAUUUGACGACUUCUUUGAGGAUGGUAUCAUCUCAAUGAUUGAAGUUGGACUUGGUCCAUGCGGGGAGCUACGGUACCCAUCUUAUCCUGUAAAGCAUGGUUGGAGAUAUCCUGGCAUUGGUGAAUUCCAGUGUUAUGAUCAGUAUUUGUUGAAGAAUUUGAGGAAGGCAGCCGAAGCAAGGGGGCAUGCUUUUUGGGCUAGAGGCCCAGAUAAUGUAGGUUCCUAUAAUUCCCAGCCCCAUGAAACUGGAUUUUUUUGUGAUGGGGGUGAUUAUGAUGGCUAUUACGCUAGAUUCUUCCUUAAUUGGUACUCUCAAGUUUUAGUUGAUCAUGGCGAUCGGGUACUUUCUCUAGCCAAGCUAGCUUUUGAAGGCACUUCUAUUGCUGCAAAGCUAGCAGGUGUUCACUGGUGGUACAAGACAACUAGUCAUGCAGCGGAAUUGAUGGCAGGGUUUUACAAUCCAUGCAAUCGUGAUGGCUAUGCUUCAGUAAUGGCAAUGUUGAAGAAGCACGGUGCUGCAUUAAACUUCACAUGCGCUGAAUUACACAUGUUAAACCGGCAUGAGGACUUCCCAGAGGCAAUGGCAGAUCCUGAGGGGUUAGCCUGGCAAGUAUUGAAUGCUGCAUGGGAUGUCUGCAUACCAGUUGUCAGUGAGAAUGCUCUUCUUACCCAUGAUAGAGAAAGCUAUAACAAGAUAUUAGAGAAUGCCAAGCCUCUAAACGAUCCAGAUGGGAGGCAUUUUUCAUCGUUCACCUACCUUAGACUCAGCCCACUUCUCAUGGAAAGACACAAUUUUCUUGAAUUUGAACGAUUCGUCAAGAGAAUGCAUGGGGAAGCAGUUCUCGAUCUCCAGUUAUAGCGGGAAGGAAGAAGGAUCCCCAGCUUGUGUAUUAUUUAUGCUCCCCAGUAAAAGGCUGGUGGGUACUUCCUUUUUUUUCCAGAUAUAGUUUAAACUUUAAAAUCUCAGACGCAUGCCUGUAAAUGAAAUCACAAGGAAGAGGCAGUGAGUCCCCUGAGUCCCGGGCUUUUAGCCGGCCUGCCUGGUAAGUUAGGUUGAUUGUUGUAUGGUCGAAUCUCUGACCGCGCUUUUGCACAAUUCAUAGAAUGGUUCAUCAAUGAGAAUAUAAAUGAAGGGAAAAGCUUUGAAGCUUGAAAUAUGAUUUUGAGUUUUGAUCA